AUGUUCGAGCGGCGCGGGUGCUUCCUGAUGUAUCGCCGUGGAAAGCCAGGCCGGCGCGCCGUCAUUAGCCGGCACGCCGCGAUGCGUGACUGUUUACGACCCGUGUCUGCUCACCCCUUCGCCCUAAACGCGGACACGUGCCGCGCGAGGGUCUGGUGCGGGACGUGCAAAUGCUUCACGGUGCACGAUCGCGAUCCAAUUAAUAUUAAAAAUCACCAGAGCCCAGCGCGGAGCGCGAAGGGCUUCAUUGUUAUG